GCCGUAGCGCUGCACGCGGGACGGCAGCAGCAGCGGACGCAGACGCCAGCUCCACCACGCCGGCGACGGCGACGCCGACAACCACUGCACGACAGCUCUCCGGGAGCACCGCAAGGAUGCGCGGCGGUCCGCGGUCGCAGGCGCAGCAGGCGGCGGCCGAGUCGAUGCACCGCGUGCAGGAGGUGGCGCUGCCCGAGCUGUCGCUGUCUGCCGAGUACUCGGUGUCGCGCACGCUGGCCGAGGGCUGCUUCGCGCGCAUCCUGCUCGCCACGCACCGCCGUACGGGCACCACCGUCGUGCUCAAGGCUGUCCACGCCGAGCUCACCAGCGUGGCAGACUUCCAGCGCGAGUUCCACUACAGCUACCGCGUCAGCCCGCACCCCGCCGUGCUCUCCGUCUACCCCGUCGCCUUCCGCGCAGACGGCUGCUACGUCUUCGCCCAGGAGUACGCGCCGCUGGGAGACCUGUCCGGGGCGGUGAAGGCGGGAGGUCUGCCCGAGGAGCAGGUGAAGCGCGUCGCCUCGCAGAUCGGCUCGGCACUCGACUUCCUGCACUCCAAGCAGAUCGUGCAUCGCGACGUCAAGCUGGAGAACGUGCUCGUCUUCACCGCCGACAUGACCAAGGUGAAGCUGUGUGACUUCGGGUCUGCGCGGCGCGAGGGCUCGCUGGUGUCGCGGGCGCGCUGCACGUGGCAGUGGUGCCAACCGCCCGAGGUGUGCGCGGUGCUGAGCCGCGAGCGCUACCACUGCCGCACGGCGGGCGACGCGUGGCAGCUGGCCGUGCUCGUGGUGGUAUGCCUGGCCGCGUCGCCGCCGUGGCAGGCGGCCGACCACAUCUCGGACGCCGACUACGCCGCCUUCUCGCGCUGGCAGCGCCGCCGCUCGACGCGCCUGCCGCCGCUCUUCCGCCGCUUCACGCCGCGGUUCCUCAGGCUGCUCAGGCGGCUGCUGGAGCACAAGGUGGAGAAGCGGGCGCCCGUGUCGGAGGUGGAGAAGUACCUGAAGGACACGUGGCUGGUGGGCGGCUCCAGCGCGAGCGCCGGCGCCGGCGGCCACGUGGCGACGGCGUCCGGCGCCGACACUUCGUCGAGCGCGGCGCUGCACGGCCGCGGCCAGCAGCCCAGCAGCGCCCUCGUGGAGGAGGACGAGGGCAAGGGCCGGCUGCGCAAGCUGCUCUCCAGCUACGGGCUCGAGACCACCGUCGACCAGCGGUUGGUGGCGCGCCGCGUCUGGGAGUGGGUGCUCGCGUGCGAGCCCGCAGAGACGGCUCUCGACGGGGUCUGAACCAGGUGCUCCUCCGUUUAGGAGACCCCCCUGCCCCGCUGCCCUCGCGCAGCGACGACUGAGCGCCGCCCUCUCGGCGCAGGGCAGACCGUUCGGUGGUCUGGUGCAACGUGUGGCGUGGCUAAACGGAGUGAGGCAGCGGUUCGACGGCGGGCCAGCUACAGUGCCGAGUGUAGAAUGGUCUGGUGAACCCUCACACCCCCUGAACUGUGAUAUACGCGCUGUGAAACAAUAUAAUGUGUAGUGUGAUACUGUGGGGAGGGGGUUUGGCCUGUGUCAAGUGCAAUAUUUAACUUAACCGUACAGUGCAAACGACCACAGAUUUUUGCCCUGUGCUAGAAUCUGUAUUACAUUCCAUUGGCUCCAUAUCUGUUCUUUCAAAUAUUGUUCCGCUUAAAAGAUUCGUCACUUGAAAGCAGAAGUUAUCAUCUCUACAGGAACAUCUGAAAGUAUAGUUCACGUCAUGUCUGUAGGCGCCUGUGCAGAGAGAGAAAGAGAGAGAGAGAGAGAGAGAGAGAGAGAGAGAGAGAGAGAGAGAGAAGAGAAAGAGAGGGAGAGAGAGACACUUUCGGGAAGCGCGGAGGGGAUGAGUUUUACUUCCGUGGGGCGCUAGAUUUGGCGCACACACCUUCCAUGUUGGAAGACCUUACAAAGUGUUGCUGCGGACAAUUAAAGACUAAAAUCACUGCGCUUCUGAAGUGUGAGGUCGUCCCAGUCAGGAGGGAAAUGUUAACCGUCAUCCAACGCUGUUCUCUUCAAGGUGCCCCUGGGAAUACUAAAUCUCAUUGGCGGGUUCAAAGCUGGGCCCCCUUCUGACGUGACUCUUGGUGUGAUUCUCUCUUGUAGUAAUUGCGGUGCAAACAAAUUCGGAUGACAAAUCGACACCGAAGGCAGCUAGCAAACUAACUGAAUGGUGUGAGAAGGGAGAGAGAGAUGGAGGACAUCAUGUGACUAGUAUGGCAGGUGGUGUCAUGUACGAAAAAAUUGACACCAUAUAAUUAAGGCGGUAAGAGCCAAUCAUCCCUUCAGUAAAGAUGCGCACUAAGCUCGAACUCUUACAGGAAUCGACGAGAUGCUGCCAGUUACGAUUCUAAUGAGCAGGGGUGCUGUAUUAGUAGUACAUGGUGUAAGUUGAGACUCUAGGUUAGACGGGAGGAAUGUUAGGGUAGUCCGUGCAGUUGUAGUGACCACUGCGUCCGGAUCAAUGCAUGUGCCAAGUAAGCAGGAGGCUAAGCGGGUUCGAAUCCCAGUCCAGCAUAGAUGUUCAAUUUCCCCCAUUAAUAUACAUCAGUUCUCACUGCCAGCUGAUAUUUUUAAUUCCUUUUUGUCUUGCUCCAUGAUACACCACCAUUACUACUCACUACACAGCCGCUAUUUACUGCAGUAGUAAGGUCUGCGUAUUUCGGAGGCUGUACAGAGAUGUUUUCCGAGUAUUUUGGUAUCAGGUAUGGAUCGUUACAAAGUAAUUUUCUAAUUUACUCAGUUUGUCACUCCUGUUACCUUUGCUGCUGUGAAAAUAUCUAUUCAGUAAUGAAAAAGAGUGCAAUAUCCAGUCACCAAAACGCGCAAUACGGAAUACAGAGUAAAGCAAUUACCCUCGGAUGCAUACAGAAGUAUAGUGGUGUGGUUGCCGUCGCUAUGGGAACUACCCAGUGUAGCAUUACAGUGCAUUUCUUCCAUUGCAUUCAGUUAAUCUUUACACGAGAUACGUACCAGUAAACCUAUCCAUACCAUUGUGUGAAUCACUGUAAACGUAGAACAGACACUGCUGGCAAAGACAAACCUGACGCAAAACCGAGCAGUACCUAGAUGCUCAAUGUGGGUGACUGCCAUGUGGUGGACCCAGGUUCAAGGCCCAGUACUGCCAGGGUUUUUUCAUCGUUGGGAAGACUGGAAUGGGGUCGAAUCAGCAUCCUGAUGCCAAUUCCUCGGAUGAGAAAUAGCGGCUCCAAGCUCUACAGAUCCCACAAUGGCCAAAGAGCGGUGUGCUGACACCACGUGCCCCCAUGCCGAUUUCUAGUCAUGCCAUUGGCUGAGGAUAACACGGCUGUCAGUCGUUCUCGAUUGGCACGUCUAGGCCAGAACGGCCGAGUGUUAUGAGUGAGUGGAACAAAUUUGUUUCAAAAUCCAAAUAUCCUGGACACAGCCGACAUCUGUAUUCUUGUGCAGAUGUUUUCAGUGCAACACACAUACAAAGAUAAAUGAGGAAAGAAAUCAAAAUGAGAUGCGACUACUUUGUACCAAAAUAUCGGACACAACGCCUCCGUCAUACCAAAAUAAUUUCAGUGCCUGUGAACAUCCUCAGAGAGCUUGUCGGUGGAAUUCAGUUCGCCUUAUAGUAUUCAAUUACGAUUAGCUAGGGUUACUGGGAAGUAAUACACUGGUGAAUGUAAUUGACACUCGUUUUUCACCCAGUGUUAGUAAUACUUUAAAACAGUGUGAACCAGCAGCCUCCACUUCCUAGCAGUGAUACCAUUUCAGUGUCAACAAAUCGCAGCGCAGUCUGUACCCAGUGGUAGACAGUCGCCUUACGAGGUAUCGAAUACAGAGCUUCGUAAUGCUGAUUAAGUAAGCCUGUCAUCAGACGCUGGUCACUACACAGUUACGAUCACCUGAUGCUUAAUCUUUUCCCUAACGUAUCAUGCUGAAAGCCAAUGAUCUCUUCAGUGCAGAUGCGCACCAAGGUCGAACUCUUACAGGAAUAGCCGAGAUGCCGUGAGUAAUGAGGCUGAAGAGCAGGAGCACACUACAUCAGUAGUGUGUGGUACAAGUUGAGAAUUUGGGUCAGACGGGAGGCAUGCUAGGGAGUCUGUGCGGUUUCAGUGCUCACACAGUAAUAUGGAUGGCUUAGUAGUCAUCGCAUCUGCCUAGUAAACAGGAAACCUGGGUUCGAAUCCCAGUCCGCCACAAUUUUUCAACUUGCCGCCCACUAGCAGCUAAUGACUUUAAUUCCUUUGUGUCUUGGAGGCAGAUGUGUUAGUACAAUGCAUUACUGUGUUUCUUAACAUCAGCAUUCGAAACUGGAGAAGUUACAUCUGUCUGACGUAGCUACUCAGCUGUCAGCUGCUCCGAGGGGAACGAUUGGUCUCAGUGAUUCUCUCGCUCCCCCCCCCCCCCCCUCCCCCUUCAUCGCUGACGUUUCUUAGUGGUACCAGGUUUCGAACCCCAUCUUCGAAAUGGAAUACUGGUUUACUGAUCUCUCAGUUACAAAAACGCCAUGCGAAAGUUUUCCUCCAGUUUUCUGCUUCUUCAAAUGGUCUCGAGACUCCGCAUUUGCAGCCACGUCACACAGCUGUCACAAAGGAUGAGAAUAGCCAACGAGAAUCCCGAAAAAACCUCACAGACCUUAGAAAAUCGUGAAAAAUUUAAAUACAGCUCUGACGUGAGUAUAAUUAGAAGUGUGUAUCGCUGAUUGAGAAUGAACCAUUGUGCUUAACAUACAACACGUAUUUUGAGCCAUGAAAGAUACUCAAAUUGCUAGCAGAUAUAAGAAUCACCUGUAAAAGAUACGAGUUGAUGUUGAUUCACAAUUAAAGAUUCAAUUUUGAAAAGUUUAUAGCCUGACGUCUGAAUUGCGUUAUCCGCAAUGAAGCAGCGCUUUAUGAAUUGGAACAAGCAUAUAAAAUAGUUGGCAAGGCGCACACAGAGACAGACUAAUAUGUUAUUUCGUGUGAUGGCACUGCUUUCAUAGGGACGAAUCUUUGAAAAAAAAAACAAUGUUACUCUAAUACCUUCAUCGAAUGAGUUGUGCUUUCCCGAAAGACCAGUUAGGGAAAUUAAUCACAGUUUCGAGAAGGAAUUUUUUUCUGAAUGUAAAGUGAAUUUUUCUUUUUUGAAUUUGGGAACCAUGCUAUAUCGGAUUGGAAGAAGAGUAUCUGAUCAAAAGACGUUCGUUUAUCAGAUACAUUCAUUUUAUUUUACAUUUCAAUGAACUGACUAUGGCAUUAAUGAGGAAAGGGAGCUCUAAUUACUCCCUGCUUUUUACGAUCAAGAGAAUAGAAAUUCUCUGAACUACUGUAUACAUUUUCACUGUAUUUUAUACAAGUAUGCAUUUUAUGACAUCGUCAUAUAACUUGGCAAUUCUGCAUAUACACUGUAUACUUACAACAACUGAUAAAGUGUUAGCGAAAAAACUUUAUAUAAUAUAUGGAACAAUGUAAAUAGAAAAUCUUGCUCACGCUAUUAGAUCCAGUCCACAUGAAAGAUGUAUAUUUGUAACAGAACCUGUUUCAUACAGAUCUGUUUAUUGUAGAUUUCUAUACAAAUUUGUACCGUUAUAGCUUUGUUAUGAUCUUUGUAAUGGAAUUUAUGCAUGUAAUAUGUAUACAAGCACCCAUUCAACAUCGUGCUCACAAACACUGUAGGCUCAUAUUAGACAUGUAUUGAUUACUUAUACUUCGACUUGCUCGUACUGAAAAAACGAUGGGACAAUAUUUCGAUAGCUAUUUUGUAAUGCAAGAACUUUUAAUGGUUUUUGAGACAGAGACAUUCGUUGAACUCAGACGUGUGUUGUAAUCUGUGGAAGUCGCCUAAAAUCUUUGAUGUACUUUUCUGUAGAUGGUUAUAUUCUGAUGAACGUUUUGUCCACACCAUGAGGCAAUAUAACAACUGAUAGGAUUAUAAUCUUGUGGAUUUCUGUGACUGUUUGAAUGAGAAAAAAGAUGUAGUUUAAUUUCAUCAUAAAUUGGAACCAUUAAAGUAGUGCAAAUAUAAUUAUUUGCACGCAAAUCAAUGCUACAACGGGAUCAAGCGCAGUCUGCUAAGAGAUACAUUGCUCCAGAGCGCUAUAUCUACGUAAUUCAGAUGGCUGACUUGGGGAUGAAUAUCAGUAUUUCAUUUCUAUAAAUGUUACAGUUCUCCUUCGACAAAAUGAUUAGUAUAGAAACGCUUACGAUUCUAGUUUUAAUCAAAAGAAUAUUAUUUUAAAAGAAUAACCAGCUCAUAAGUUUCAGAAAUAACUUUCUCUUCCAUUGAGUCCGACAGUCAUAUUCUCACAAACUCUCAUUAUACAUCCUACAUGAUGAGUCUUCAAAUGUUUCGCGCACAUACGAGCAGCUACUUCCUGCGAAUUGUGUUGCAGCCACAUAUAUGCCGACAAUGUUCAGACUGAACAUAGAUUUACUCUAAUGACAAUACUACUGUAAAUUAUUCAGUUGAGCUAAAUAAAGCCACAUCCCACACCAACAUUCUUUCUCAAAGUGGCUUAGGAAAAGGUUUCAUGAAUGUUGAGACUAACUUGGAGUCAAUUUUGAGUAUGCAGACUGUGAGGUUGAUAUUAAACAGCAGCCUCUGUUCUUUCAGUGUCUUCACUGUCUUUAAAUGCAUAGUUUUUAUAUAAGUUUCUAUCCUUCCAUUUUGUAUACUAUUUAAUAAGGAAAAUUUGCGCAUCUAAACUAUUCUGGACGAAAAAUCCUGUAUGGUACUUGAAAGCACAGGAAUGAGAGAAAACUGAUCUCAAAUAGUUAAUGUUUUCUGUAAUUCUCCACGACAACUCCUUAACGGAAUUGAAUCACGGAUACUGUAGGUAAAAUAUCAUUGUUGUAGCAAUAUUUUUUGUGUGAUGUAUGGUAAGUGGUUCAAUGGCACAUAGACAUCAACGUUAUUUUUAGAUACAAAACUGUUUAAGCACCAUAGUCAGCAGCAUCGAUCUGUUAAUAAACUAGAAUAAUUUAUAGGCUGCAUAGUGUCUCCACUGUUGAUAGUAUUUUUGUAAGACUUCUUGGAAGGAACAAGAACAGAAAAAUGUAUUAGCAGCCCUCUGUCCCAUGUCUUCCUAGAUAUGUUAUUGUGCGAUGUGAAAAUGAAAUGUACAUUUGUGAAAUAAAGUGUGGAUGAUUUCAUUUAA